AUGAAGUGCCCCCUGCUCGCCCUGGGCCUGGGCCUCACGUGUGGCACCCAGGCCAUCAACGUCAUCCAGACCAUGGAGGACCUGGACGUCCAAAAGGUGGCCGGGACGUGGCACUCCAUGGCCAUGGCGGCCAGCAACGUCUCCCUGCUGGAGGCUGAGAACGCCCCCCUGAGAGUGAAUGUGGAGGAGCUGAAGCCCACCCCCGAGGGCGGCCUGGAGAUCAUCUUGCAGAAACGGGAGAAGGACAGGUGUGCUCAGGAGAAGAUCCUCGCGGAAAAAACCGAGAUCCCUGCCGUGUUCAAGAUCAACUCCCUGGGCGAGAACAAGAUCUCCGUGCUGGACACUGACUAUGAAAACUUCCUGCUCUUCUGCAUGGAAAACACCGCCCACCCCGAGGACAACCUGGCCUGCCAGUGCCUGGGACCCUGA